AUGCUCACCCUUAAGUACCCCAUAGAGCAUGGUAUCGUCACCGACUGGUACGACAUGGAGAAGAUCUGGCACCAUACCUUCUACAAUAAACUGCGAGUUGCGCCAGAGAACACCCCGUUCUGCUCACAAAGGCUCCCCUCAACCAAAAAACAGAAAAAAGACUCAGAUCAUGUUCGAGACCUUCAACAUACCUGUCAUGUAUGUGGCCAUCCAGGCCGUACUGUCACUGUACGCGUCCGGUCCUACCACCGGUAUAUCGUUCUUAACCCUUGUGACGGUGUUUCUCACACGGUGCCCAUCUACGGGGAUAACGCUCAGCCCCAUGCCAUCCUCCGUCUGGACUUGGCCGGCCGUGACCUCACAGACUACCUAAUGAAGAUCCUCACAGAGCGUAGUUACUCAUUUACCACCACAGUCGAGCGAGAAAUCGUGCGUGACAGUAAGGAGAAACUGUGUUAUGUCGCCUUCGAGCAGGAGAUGGUCACUGCUGCCUCCAGCAGCUCCCUCGAGAAGUCCUACGAACUUCCUGACGGUCAGGUCAUUAAGAAGUUGUCAUUAAUCGUAUGA